GUGUUAUACUCAAAGCUGUCCUGGUAAUCGUAAUUCCAAGUGUCUCCUCAAAUGUUCAAAUCCAGACUCCCUUAAAGAUCUAAGGCACUGCUCAUUAAGUAAAAGCCGUAAUAUUUUGUGCAACCUCUUUCAUGUCCUACAGAGUGGUCCAAUGACAUCCUUUCCCAGACCUUAUGUCCGCUCUGUAAAAGAUAAACCCUGCAGAGUUAAGACCGACCCUGCAGUGAGCGAAAUUCCUCCUACUUCGUUUUGUUUUUUUCUUGUAGGCGAAAACCGCAUUUACUAGAAAAUGCGGUCCGAGCGUCCUCGAAAACCACCGAACUAACGGGACCGUCCCGGGAAUGUGAAAUGACCACCCAUCAUCUCCCAAUAUCUUGUUAUUUUCCUUUAAACGACACACGUGCGUCUGUUUAAGUUGCGGGGGCUGCUGACAGCUACAAGGUUUCCGUUAGUAGGAAAUGAUGGAGAGGGAAAGUUCCUGACGCCUCUCAUUUUCGGGAACAGUCUGGGUCGUUGGCUAAUGUGUUACUGCCGCUGUUCGCGUCUUUCUGCAAGGAUUUAUACUGUAUGGAUUUGGGAUUUUUCGAGGUUCUGACACUGAGAUGUCUCGGGAUUGGAAAUGCAGCUCCACGCAUAUAUAUUGCUCCUUGUUGUUCAGGAAGUUGUGACAAAUUCCUCAGAGUCCAACACCCCCAGUCUGGACUCAACCCAACCCUUUUCCACCACCAUCACUUCAACCCCCACCACCACCACCGUCACCUCCGCCCCUACAACUCUGUUUAAGACGGGGACCUCCAUCAGUGCACCCCAGGGUGGGCUGGGAGCCGACGGGGGUCAAGGUCAGCGGUCUUCUUCAGAGGCAGGGAGGGGCACUGCCGCGUUGGCCGCUCUGGCCACCCCCCUCCAGGUCCAGCACCAGGGUCAGUGGCCCCCCAGUCCCGGGGGAGCAGGCAUAACCCUGGCUGGGGUGGCCGAUAGAGCCGCCCGUCCUCUUCCUCAGGAAGGAGUGGACAAUGGAGCGGAUGUGUCUGGAGCUGCUCACACCACCGGUGAUGGCCGCGGCUUUUCCACCGAGGACACACAACGCGGGCUUCUACACAACAACGCCGCGCCGCAACGCGCAGCGACCGAGGCCACGUCGUCAUUCUCACCUGGAACAGUUGCCGCGGAAACAGCCGUUUCUUUCAGCACACUGCGAGGCGACGCUCUCCCCGCCCACACAGACGGGGAAACGGUGCCAGCCACUGCGACUGUUCCUGUUGCCACCACACACACUGGGGUGCUUGUCACGGACGUGCCCACGUCUGCAGUUAUGCAGCUCGCCCCAGACAGACGUACGGCCGCUGCAUACCCAACACAAAGAGGCUCCUCUGGGCUCGACCGCGCUGCGCCGCUACCUCCCUCCGUUCCUCCACCAUCCCCACCACCGCCCCCGCCAUCUUUAAUAACCUCCCCAGCCAGACCGCGGGGGACCGGUACCACUGUAGCUCAACGUGACGGGUCUUCGGAGGACGAGAGGAGCAACGGCGGGGGGGAGGCCUCAACAUGGAGGAGGAAUCAACACAGACAGGCCACAGACCGACCACCACCCACUGGUCGGACUGUGUCAGCCAUUGCUGGGUCUUUAAAUGCACAGAGUGUGUCGAAUUUGAAAGAUUUAGACUCCUCGGACACGUAUAGUGUAACUGUUGCACCGUCCCCCUCGCAAAGGCCAGUCGGGGGUAAUGAAUCGUCAAACACAGACAGCUCUGAGCUGGACGGCUCCAAUCAAACACUGUCUUCUCUUUCACACGAUGGAGCUAUGAACUCUCUAUCUGUGGUUCCUGAUAUCACAGAUGAAACUUCGGAUACUGCCUCUGACAAUGUUUUGGAAAACGAGGACAUGCUACACACCCUCUCUGCCGACCCUCGUAUUAAACAAACCGCCACACCUACCAUAACACAAAAUAGCACAAACUUUGUCAUGGUCGAUAGCCACUAUUUAGCAACAAACACUUCAGCUCCUGACCAGCCCUUUGUUUUCUCUAUCUCCUCGGACCAAACCAAAACCAGCCCUGAAACCAACCACCCUCCCUCCUGGGCGCCAACAGCUUCCCCAGACUCGUAUGUGGUCUCCAGCACAGCAACGGUCUCUCAAAGGGAACCAUCCCCACACUCCACCACGAGCACAUCCCUCGUCCGUUCCUCCGACGUAACCAUGACAACCGCUAGUAGUAAUGAAAUCUCCAACGGAGAGGUGUUUCUGGGCGGGAACGAUGACGCCACGCAAACUCUGCGUCCGAGUGGCACAGCGGCACCUGCUGUUCCGAGCAGACACGCAUCAUCCCAACCUCUUUCGGCGAUGACAACAGUUGGGCUGGAUGAGAAUGGACCCGCAGAUGUAUUGACAGAUGGACAUAGUGGUGCACCAGUGACGCCGCUACAAACAGUCGUGUCUGACCCUAACGCAUCAAAUCCAACCGUUCAGGAUGUGGGUACCGUACAUUUGACGCACGCCACCCUCACCGAACACAGAACGAUGUCAACGCACUCAUCCACGCUGGCUGCGACGCCGAUGAACACGCGCACACGUGAGCCCUCCCCGUUUCCCACCUCUACUGCGGAAAUGUCUCCUACACAUAACCAGUUCAGUGACCCCAGCGGUUCCCCCCAAACCACCGUUUUCCCGGAGACACUGGUGGUCUCCGAGGCGGCUCCGGGAACGGAACCGAGAGGAGGAGAGCGCGACGAAGACCUCGUUUUCAUGACAUCAGCGCCCUCCCAACAGUCCACUCCUCCCAGUCUCCCAGCCAGACACACUCCCACAGGCGGAGCUCCAGAGCGGCCCUCCCCCCGGGCGCUUCCAGAUCCCGGGCAGGAGCACCUCACGCCGGGCACACCAUCCACCUCCACUCCCGAGCCCAGCUGGAACGUAACCACGACCCAGCCACCAAGGUUUUACAUAGUACCUGACCAGCCGGCAGCUUUCAGAGUGGAGUCCAUGGAGCUGCUGUUGCAGAUCAUCGUAGAGGAUUUCAACUCUGACGUUACCACUGACCCGGCAGUUGACAUGGAGGCUUGGAUAGAACCGUACCUGCUGAAAGCCCCAGGGUUCAGCAAGCUGCUGGGGAUCUGGAGCAGAGGCCUUGUGGUGCAGAGUCUGAUGGAGUUUGAGACCAGGGGGGCUGUGGUGUGGCUGGGUAAGGGGGGCCCUGACUCCCUUUUAGAAUGUACAGGACUGGCUCAGGCCGUCUGGGAGGGCCGGCGCUUCAGGGGUUCAAAGGUCACCAACAUCACAGUGGGAGGGCUCCAGGGGCCCUUGUGUGACUGGCUGCUGCAGUGCCCCGCCGGCUUCCAGUGUGUGUCCCGGCCUGGAGGAGAGAACCACAGCUGCUCCUCGGUCUGCAACCUAGACUACUGCCACCACCAUGGAAUCUGCACCCACCAUCCAGGCCAGCUCCCAGUCUGCCGUUGUCUUGCAGGCGAUCACUUCUGGUUCAUGGGUCAGAGGUGUGACGUCCGCAUGACGCGAGCCCGGCUGGUGGGGGCGUGUCUCGCCGUCCUGUUGGUCAUGCUGACCCUGGUGGCCAUCCUGGCCCUGGUGGCGGUGAGGCGCUACCGAGCCAUGCUGAUCCAGGCCAAAGUCAACCAGACCCGGAGCAGCUAUCGCAGGUUCAACCACUUUGACGAGCUGUCGGGUCGGUUUUGGCUGAGAUCGACAGCGGGUUCUGCCGAUUCGCUGGACAACCACGGCUUCACCCGCUCCGACGAGUUACUACAUCUGCGGGCGCUCGACCGCACCUGCUGUUACCACGACGACACCUUAUCUCUGGCGUCCACCUGCCCCAGCAAUGGAACGCGUAUACACACUGUGUUCCCCCACAGCUCCCACUAUGGUUGGAGAGGAAGUGAUAUGAGCAUGGUGGACUGUGUGCUGGACUCGGGGAAGGCCAGCGAUCUGUCGGUCUGCAGUUGGCCUGUGGAACCCAUCCAUUGGACCCCGUUCCCACUAUUACAACAGCUGGCUUCACACAGGCCUACCACGGUGAGGGCAUCAAGGACACGCUCUUAUUGUGAAGGCAUGGAGCUCGUAGACAUGGGAAAGAGCUGGACAGCGUAAUGUAUUAAACGCAUGGACGCAAGAACUCACACCAUCCCCGACACGCAUACAGAAGACCCGUCGUAACGGACAAGCCAUUGCUUUAUUUUGAUAUUCCAAUAUUAAUAACUUUGAUAAUAAAAUUAUUGAAAAAUAUACUUGUGUUGUUUUUAUAUUUUACUAAAUCUGUCCGGUUUGUUUUUAAUCACUUAUUCUUAACAAAAGAUGACUCGUUCAGGGAAACCUUGUUCCUCACUGCUCUUGAGUUACUGCUUAUCGCCUUUCAUGGAUGCAAAGGCCGUCAGUGCGUGAAUGUGGGUGUGUGUGAGAGGCAAAAUAUGACGUGGUUUGAUUGACUAAACAAAGCUAUAUAAGUAAUGCAGUGUAUAUUUAUACACGUCACAUCCAUUAACCUUUCCUCAGGUGAAACUUUUCUCGGUGAGUUAAACGCAGUAAAUAGCUAAACAAAUCCCGGUUAAAGAGAGUGAUUGUUAGAAAUUCAUGUGAAACUAAAUGAUAUAAAAUCUUAUCUAGUUUCUUUCCCUUCUCAUUUAUUUGUUUUUCCUGUUUGGACAUUAUUUACAUAUUACCAGAUAGUCAUCUCAAAUAAAGGCACUGCUCUUCAUUUACAUACACAU